CCCCGGAGACAAGUCCACCCUCCUUAUGCACCCUCCGCCGCUAAAGGGGCUCGAUGCUAGGACGAGAGCGUCACCGUACCGUACAUUUCUGAGAUUUUCAAAUCAACCGAAUUGACAAAAAUGUACAUGUCGUUAAACAUUUUGCAAUUAUCAUACUCAGACGUUGCGUGUGUGUCGCCUGUCGAAUAAUUUCAUCCGUGUUCACAUCGCUUUCACAGUGAGAUCACUUACUACAACCUCUACUCACCACUUGAGAACUAAUCAGAUUUCUCAUGGAUGUUUACUUACGGUGACGACAGAACGGCUCAGCUAAGGAUUCAAGAUCAGAUAACUUUUUAACAGACCUGCGCUCAGUAUGUCAGACUUGAAGGAUGAUAAAUCAUCAAAUUAUGAACCGGAAUCCCGCAAAAAGGCCGAGUUUUCCGAUUGGCUCAGCGCUCUUCAAAGGUACGUAAAGGAUACUCAGGUGACUUUUUUAGACCUGAGUGACCGAGAUCUCACCGGCGAUCAAUGUGAAAAAGUUCUGGAAAUCGUCGCCACCUCGGCAGUCACUAAGUUGAAUCUAGGGGGAAAUAGUUUACACUCGAAAGCUUUGCAAUUGCUCAAGACAACUGAACUUCAGGAACUUGACCUCAAGGGAUGUUCCAUGGCCGCAGACUGCUUCAUUCAGCUCCUGACGAUUUUAAAGGACACGCGCAUCACUUGCCUUCAUUCCAUCAACGGCUGUAACGCCGACGCCAAUGCAAUAUUCAAAAUGAGCCCGAAUGACGUCGAAAAACUUAAGGAUAGUCUGGCAAAAUGUUGUCUUGAAACGUUGAGUAUCAAUCGUAUCUCAAGUAUACCUCAACUCAUUCAAGCAUUACCUUUGAAUUUAAUAACAAACUUACAUGCCGAAAAUAUCUCUGAGGAGCAAUGGCCCUCAUUUUUCCACUCUUUGAACAGAUCGAUUAAAAGCCUUAGCCUUCGGAAUUUUCCAAUUCGAGACUAUAAUAUGCGUUUGUUUAACUCUAAACUAGAAAUUUUAGCGGCUGAAACUCUCGAAAGCCUUAAAAUGCACUCAAACACGUCGAUCACAACCGUGUUUUUGGAUGAAUUAAAACACUCGAAAAUUGCUCAUUUAGAAAUAAAUUUAAAUUGCAUGCCAGGUAGUCAUCUAUCAUAUAGUCAUCUUGAGAGCUGCUUAAAAUCGGGCGCAAUCAAAUUUUUGAGCCUCGCCAGUAUGAUUUGUGAUCUCUCGAGAGACGAGUGGGCUUGUUUUACUGGAAAUUUGAAAGAAUCCUCAGUAGAGACUUUACUCUUAAAGUUUUGUAAAUUACAAGAUGAGCAAGGAGAACAACUGAUGGAUGGCUUAAAAGGCUCGAAAGUUUCCAAACUAGACCUGUCAUCCAAUCUCCUUCAGACGCGGACAGCUGAGGCUUUUUCACGCACAUUAAAGGACACAAAUUUGACUGAGGUCAAUUUCUUAGGCAAUAGGCUGCCAAUCAAAGCCCUGGAAAUUAUUGGAAACAGUAUAGUGCCUUCCAAAUUAAAAAGCAUAAAGAUCUAUGUAGCUGCUGAACCCGGGGAAGAACGCAUCGGUUAUAUAGGGGAUUGUUUUUCGCACUUCCUGGAAAAUACGCGCAAUUCACAACUGACGUCAGUGGGAGUUAGCUCAAAUUGCAUGGAACCUUUGAGCGUAAAAAAGUUCUCUAGAAGUCUCGCAAAUUCAACCAUCACGCAUUUGAAUCUGGCUUCCAACUGUUUAGAGGAUGCUGCCAUGUAUUUGAAGGAUAACUUAGUGCUUAGCGCCAUCACGCAUUUAAAUUUGUCCGACACCAGUUUAAAUGACGACGGAGUGGAAAUAUUGACUCAGUGUCUAGGGAACACUAAAAUUAUUGACCUGGAUCUUUCGGCAAACCUCGUCACAAAUCGUGGUGCGGUAGCACUUGCUCGCUGUCUCAAAAGCACAAAGUUGAUUUCACUCAACGUCGAGUUUAACAGGAUCGGGCUGGGUGGGUUGAAAUUCCUGGCUUCACACGCAGAAAAUACGUUUAUCACUACGUUUAAGGCUGACAGCCUCGGAAAUGAAUGGAUAUGGCCAAUCGAUAAAGUUGUCUGGGGUAAUCGAAUUCUGGUCCAUAGACUAGUCAGUUUUUUUAAGCUUAUUCGACCAGAAAACUGUGCGGAGACUUUUAACUUUGAUCGUGCCAUCAUCGACGAUGACAUUCCCAAGUUCUUGGAGGAAUGUUUCAAGUUCUAUAAGACAGUCAUAGACCAACCCUCUGCGAUAAGCGUUAUCAGUCAAGAAGAAAAUCUGUCGCACGGCAAGAAUGAAUGCGUAGCUCUACUUAUGGAGGAUUUUCCGCGGCAAUUUGCCGAGUUCGUAAGUAGUAGGAUUGAGGCCGAUGUUGCGGAGCAUGUAGCAAUUUUAGCUAGAGCUGACGAAUUGGCUUUAAAUAAAAUCGUUGAACACUUACUGUUAUGCCGCCCUAUAUAUAUUAUCGACGAAGAGAAUGAAAUUUUGCAUCCGGUCGUGUAUAGAUUGCUUUUAAAGUACAAAAUGCCUUUGUGCAAUCUAGACGUCGAACCAGACGGUUUAAAAAAAAUUCUGAAGUUUUUCACGGACAACCCGGAGCUAGAGGGCGCCUUGGAAACGGUCAAUUUAUUGAGUAUCAUCAAAUAAAGUGUCGCAUUUAUUUUAGGAAGAUGCAAUUGCUCUCUCCUUACCCAAGGGUUUCGAUAUUGGACCUAUAAAGUACAAUAUUUUCCUAGUUAUCUAAUUGAUUUGACCAACUAUUUGCAAGUCUAUGCCGCAUUAAUCGCAUUGAUAGGAAAAUUUUGAGAGUAGCAAGGACAAAGGAAUCAAGUGACAUCUUUUGGACGCGAUCAACGUCAAAAAACUACACAGAUGAUACCUAAGGACCACCGAUUAACUUUUAACUCGAUAAGGUGAGGAAAAAAGUUCUUGCGUUCAGUUCAUCUCAUAAUAUACCUUAAGAUAGUUUAAAGGGGAAAUAUUUCCAUUUUUUUUAUAAGUGCCUAUAAAUUUUUUUACCUGUGAUACGCUCUAUUUGAAGGGGUCAAAACCAGAAAGGCUUGAUUGUGUCGCAUUGCCUCAGAACUUCAUCCGACAAAUCACCUUUGUGUUAAUUGGAAUCAGCAAAUUUUACAUCGAAAAUGUCUGGUAAUUUUCACAAAUUUUCAAAGAAUAUUCCUCCUAAAUUCAAACUGUAUAAUUUGCACUUUUUGUAGUAUAUUAACGGAUUAUUAUAAGUAGCUUUACAGCGAUUCAGGCAAAUUAAACCUCUCAGGCUUGGGCUCCUUCUAUUAACCACUAUUGAUCGGAUUUAUGUUUGAGUUUUUUCUCCUUUUGUGCCAAUAUUUACAUUUUUUAUGGAGAUGCUAAGAAGAAAAAAGGUUCCUUUAUCACAUUCUCACCUAAAAAUCACCUUUUUUUUAAAGUUUAGCAGUUCUGCAAAAGUUUAGCCUCAGUCUCGCCAAUGGUGUUCUCCUCUGUUCUAGAUGUGCAAAGAGUUUCUUUUAAUUUUAUUAAAGUUUUAGGUAGUUUUAAUUGUUAUUAUCUUUAAGUUUUAUGAAGGGUUCUACCUUAAAGUAAAUACUUGCCAAGUUCUGCACCAUGGCAAAGAGAAGAGAUGAUUCAAGGUGUACCUACUGUCGUCGUUCCAAAUUUAUAUUUUUAUCAUUUCUGAAUUUCAAAGCUCAUGGAAUAGAGUUUUUUUUCCCUGAUCAAAUUUCAGCACAGUCUAUUACCAAUUUAGUGUAAAUAGUUUUGGAUAAAUUCCUCAUUUUUUUCUUUUUAACAUUUUCCAUUUUUCCAAGACACUAAAUCAUUGUGUCGCUGUAUACCUUACAUUAUCGCUUAAUUAACAAGCGUAAAUUACUAUUAUUUUUUUACUAAAUCAAAUUUUUGUAUUCCCGAGGGAAAUUUAAACAAAUAUGAAAAAUGGAAAUGGUCAGGUGUGUUUCCCGAAUUGUUUUUCGGGAAAUGUUUACCUCAAAACUUACUCCUGUGUUACAUCUCGUCCCAUUCUGAUAUUUUAAUUUUUUUUUACUCUUUAAUUUAAAAAGAAUGAUUUAUGUUUAUACUCAUACUUGAAUGUUUGUAUUGUUUUUCCUAUAAUUGUUUUUUCAUUAAUAAAUACGAUCUUGGUCUUGAAA